UUUAACCUCGGCAAAACAGCAAAGAGAGAUCUCGGAAGAUUCGCUGCCUCGCUUCAAGAGAUGCAACCGCGACUCGCCGAACAACUCAUUGAAUCAAAAGAAAAAAGUGGCAGCACCAAGUGUCGUAAAGAGAAGCAUCCUCGGUGAUAUAACGCAACUAGUCCAGUCAGAGUUGACUAUUCACGACGAUAUUAUUGUCCAUCCAAAUCCGCCAAAAAUUGCAGAUGUUGAGGUCAAAAUAAGAUAUCCCUCCAAACCAGUACACAAGCACAUCACUGACGAACUGGAUGCUCGAAUAAUAAGGGGAAUAGCGUGCAAAGAACAAGACACAGUUGUGAACGCCGUAUGGUCGUCUGUUGAAAUGAAAAACAAGAUCCUUUUGAAGCUGGAAAACGAUAUCAGAAAAGAAAGCACAGAAAUGUGUAGGAGAAAAAACCCUUCAGUUCUCAGCAGCACCAAGCCCGAAAGUAUCAUCAACUUAAAAGAUUCUGUCGUCGKGAAGGAGUUGGAAGAACGUGCACCUACUCUUCAUAGAAUUUUAAAAACUGUAGCUUCUGGAAAAUCCAAGCAAUUAAAAAAGAAAAACGAAGACAAGGUCACACGAGCAAUGUCCCUUGCCACAUCAGUUCUGUUUAGAUGUCGUACCCCUUACAUGUCUGCAAUGUCUUAUCGGUUAUCCAUACUACUUUGGCAUGGAGGAGCUGAAAAGCAGUUGUACAAAAGACUCUGUAAAAGUGGAUUGAGUAUGAGUCAUUGGAGAACUCUAAAGAAAGUAGAUGAAUUUGGAGUUAACUUUGAUGGAAAGAUGAAAGAAUGGAAAAGCCAUCUGGAGCAAUCUAAUCAAAUGGAAAACAUUGUAGAUGCAAUAUUUGCCACAUGCGAGUCAAAAGACCAACAGCUACAAACCAGUCAAGCUACUACUACAUUACCCAUUACAGAUCAGCUACAAACCAGUCAAGCUACUACUACAUUACCCAUUACAGAUCAGCUACAAACCAGUCAAGCUACUACUAGAUGUUCCAGUAUCGAUGCUUCAGCUAUUGUAGAAAAAGUAAGAGCUAGGAUAAAUGGAGAAUUUAGCAACGAUGCCUAUCUUCAUGUUGUAAAACGCAUUAAUGAUGAAGGUUUUCAGAAAGAAAAAGUCUUUGAAAAACUUAAACUCUCCAGUGGCUAUCAGAUUAUAGGAGACAAUGUAGACUUGGURGUCAAAGUGAAACACAUGUCAAGUGCCAACCAAAACAAUAGUAUUCAUUGGUUCCACUUAAAUGGGGUUCUAAACAGAGUACAUGGGCACCACUUAUCAAACAGUGCACCAAUCAAGUCCAUUCUAGAUGUUGAAAAUGUAGAUUUCCUUCCAUCAUUCCAAGAAAAUGUGGAUUUUCUUAAUGACUUGAUUCCACUGGUCACUAGAGUAGUAGUUACAAAGAUACCUGCUUUCAAGAAUUUUAAGGAUGUAAUUGUUUGGCAUAUCCCACACAGAUACUCUGAGCAAAUGUCAAAGACAUCAACACAGGUUCCUCUUGGACUGCUCUUUAAGAAUGAAAACAUAAAUGAGGAGAUGAUUGACAUCCUGCAAGACCUACACAAUAAUUAUCUACCAAUAACCAAGAGCAUUGAGGAUGGUGAUGAAGUAGUAACUGUUAUUCAAAAGCUAUUUUUUGGAGGAGAUGAGUUGACUGAUGAAAGAGCUAGACAUUCAAAGGACGCUCGAUGUGAUGGAGACACUGAGUAUGAACGCUUGGAAGGCUUUUUGAGUAAAGUAGAAGAUUGGCAUGCUGUUAGGAUCUUAUACCAGGUUUUGUAUGAUAUAUUUUAUAAACCUGGCUCUGGGAAUGAUCUUGGAACAAUGUGCUCAAACUUAAAUGUGGUGAACAAUGUGAAUGCUAGGACAACCAAUGUACUCGAUAACCUCAACUACUGUAAGGACUAUGUAAMCUUGGAGACUGAUGCUUACAUUACAGCUGCAGCCAUGAAAUAUUUUAACAUGGAUUCCUUGAAAACAUCUGCUGAGUCUUUUAUCCCACCCAACAUCCUUGAUGCAUCAAAGCAAAGAAGGAGAAUUUGGUUGCACAAGCAUAUGGAAAAAAUGCUUUACAAAUUCGUCAUGGCAGACCAACAGCUGCAAUAUGAAGAUAUUCGAAGCACGAUAGCAGCCGCCAAUCAGCUUCGAAGAGUCUCUUGGUUUUAUUGUGUUGUAUGUGGCAAACCUUACAAAUACUUAAAGGCCAAAGAAAAUCAUGUCAAAAAGGAACAUCCUGAUUAUGAGGGGGAAACAACAUUUAUCCCAGAGGAAUCGAAGGAACAAGUUGAUUCUAAAUCUACCAGCAAAGAGAAAGAUGAUGUUUUUGAUUAUGCCAGGUUACGACUCAGUAUGGGCUUGUUUCUAAGAAACUUUGACGAUGCAAUUAAGGAAGGGGACGGAGAGCGAAUAAUAAGAUGUUGGAAAUUUGCAUUGCUUAUAUACAGAGCAUACAAUCAUACGAAAUAUGCUCUUGCUGCUCUUAAUCUCCAAGCAUAUACCCAAGCUAUGUUGACACCUCGACUUGCACACAGCUUGAUUUGGAAUCGAAGUGUGAAUAAUCAUGGAGGUCCUGGAAGAAAUAUCCCACUAGACCUUAGAUUGGAACACCUCAACCACUUGUUGAAAGGAUUACUUAAACACCUUGGCCCAAAUUUGACAGAAAGUGCUGCUGGGAGAUGCAGUAAGGCUAUCAGUUCAGUUGAAAGGCUACUGGAAUCAGUUGAUGAUGACCUUGAGGUAAAAAGACCAAAAGGGCAUCACAAAGUCCGAAAAUCUGAAGCUGACUUCCAAACACUAGUAAAUGAACUUGCAAUUAAGGGUGAUGUUUUUAAAAACUCUCCUUCGAAUGAAAGAUGUUACACAGUUAUGGCCAAUUUUAGAAGUAGCUUGAUAUCAGGUCUUGACUAUACCUUAUUAAAUAAGUGGAUAACACAUCAUAAGAAAGAAUUUUUUAAGCUUGAACCCAUCAUUUAAAUUAUGACAGCACUGAUUUUAUUCCUAUGAUGAGGAAUGAUUUAUUUCAAUUUCAUUAAUUGUAAAUUCUAGUAUGGUGAAACGUUAAGGUUGUUAGCAUAAAUACAUUGUAAUUGAUAAAUAGUUUACCCAUAUUUUUUUUAAACUAAACAUUUCGUGAUAUUUAGCCUGAUAAUGAGGCUCAUCAGGCAUGCGAUGCCUGUCUGCAUACAUUUUUCUUUGAAAACACUUGGUUUCAAAUAUUCAUAUCUUCUUCAGUGUAAGGGCAAACUUUAUCAAUUAUGAAACCCUGGAAUUUUAAUAAUAUAGACAUGCCAAAUUUGAAUUAAACUUCUUUUUCCGAUAAAUAGAAUAUCAUAUUUCAGGAUAGCAUGAUAUAACCCAAGUCAGCACUAGAUAAUAGCUAAUUAUUUAUAUAAACACUGAACUACAUCAUUGCAAAAAUUCUGAGUCAAAAAAGUCUGUAUCCUUCCAAAGAACAAAGAACUAAAGUUCUUAUAUGCCCUUAUUGCUUAGCAGCACUUAUAGCUACUACAAAAAAAUUUCUUUUGUUUAAACAGCAAUUUUAGUACUGUUCAAUAGGUUAAGUAUUAGCACUAUAGCCAUAACUAGUUACAAUAAUAAUAAUUAGGUUGGGAUCAAAAAACUGUGGGCUCCUAGAAAUUUUCCCCCACACAUUUUCUUGAAUAAACAGAAGCCCAUGGUUUUUGAAUUCA